AGGUGGGCCUAUCUGGACCUGGGCACAAAUGGAAGCUACAAUGACAGCCUUCAGGCCUAUGCAGCUGGUGUGGUGGAGGCCUCUGUGUCCGAGGAGCUCAUCUACAUGCACUGGAUGAACACCAUGGUCAAUUACUGUGGCCCCUUCGAGUAUGAAGUCAGCUACUGUGAGAAGCUCAAGAGCUUCCUGGAGGCCAAUCUGGAGUGGAUGCAGAGGGAGAUGGAGCUUAACCAGGACUCUCCGUACUGGCACCAGGUGCGGCUGACCCUCCUGCAGCUGAAAGGCCUGGAGGACAGCUACGAAGGCCAUUUGACCUUCCCAACUGGGAGGUUCACCAUCAAACCCUUGGGGUUCCUCCUGCUGCAGAUCGCCGGAGACCUAGAAGACCUAGAGCCAGCCCUGAAUAAGACCAAAACCAAGGCUUCCCUGGGCUCCGGUUCCUGCUCUGCACUUAUCAAGCUGCUACCAGGUGGGCGUGACCUCCUGGUGGCACACAACACAUGGAACUCCUACCAGAACAUGCUCCGCAUCAUCAAGAAGUACCGCCUGCAGUUCCGGGAGGGACCGAGAGAGGAGCACCCCCUGAUUGCUGGCAGCAACUUGGUCUUUUCAUCUUACCCGGGCACCAUCUUCUCCGGUGAUGACUUCUACAUCCUGGGCAGUGGGCUGGUCACCCUGGAGACCACCAUCGGCAACAAGAACCCCGCCCUGUGGAAGUAUGUGCAGCCUCAGGGCUGCGUGCUGGAGUGGAUUCGGAACAUCGUGGCAAACCGCCUGGCCUUAGAUGGGGCCACCUGGGCAGAGAUCUUCAAGCAGUUCAACAGUGGCACGUAUAAUAACCAAUGGAUGAUUGUGGACUACAAAGCAUUCAUCCCGAAGGAGCGCAGCGCCGGAAGCCGGGUGCUUAUCAUCCUAGAACAGAUCCCGGGCAUGGUGGUGGUGGCCGACAAGACCGCAGAGCUCUACAAGACAACCUACUGGGCUAGCUACAACAUUCCGUUCUUUGACACUGUGUUCAACGCUAGUGGGCUGCAGGCCUUGGUGGCCCGGUAUGGAGACUGGUUCUCCUACACUAAGAAUCCUCGAGCCCAGAUCUUCCGGAGGGACCAGUCAUUGGUGGAGGACAUGGACUCCAUGGUCCGUCUCAUGAGGUACAAUGACUUCCUUCAUGACCCUCUGUCACUGUGUGAAGCCUGCACCCCGAAGGCCAAUGCGGAGAAUGCCAUCUCUGCCCGCUCUGACCUUAACCCCGCCAAUGGCUCCUACCCAUUUCAGGCCCUGCACCAGCGUGCCCAUGGUGGCAUUGAUGUAAAGGUGACCAGCUUUUCACUGGCCAAGUUCAUGAGUAUGCUGGCAGCCAGUGGCCCCACGUGGGACCAGUUACCCCCUUUCCAGUGGAGUAAAUCGCCAUUCCGCAACAUGCUGCACAUGGGCCAGCCCGAUCUCUGGACAUUCUCACCCGUCAAGGUCCCAUGGGACUGAGGAUCUGCUCCACCCAGUUGCCUUCAUUCUGUGUGGCCAGUAGGGUCACACACCUGCCGCCCACCCUUUGGGGCUCUGUCCUCGCUGCACUCUGGUCUGGGUGGUCUCCUCUGCAGGGACACAAACCCAGAGGGCUCAGAGCUGACUCUCCGUCCUCAAGCCUUCCGCCCUUCAUCGCUGUCUUCUCUGCCCUGUCACUGGUAGGCUGGGCCUAUGCUUGGCUGUGGGCCUGCUGGGACCCUGGGCGCCCUUCUAGUGCUGGUCCCUCGGUGUGUCCGGGGACGCUGAGGGCUCAUCAUUGCUGUCACCACUAGCCUGCGGGCCAUCACCGCAGGGAGCAGUCCAUGUCCCCUUCUCUGGGCAGCUUUCCUGAGGAUAGAAGCUUGAAAACAAAACCAAAGUUUCUAGCUGCUUGUAGCUGGAGGGCCUUGAGUGGUCUUUCUGCAGGAGGGGUGCACCAUCACCCUAUGCUCCUGCCCCCGCAGCCCAAGCCUGCCCAGGCCUCCUGGUAGGUAUCCCUGGCUCUACGGUGGUAAGCAAGGCACAGGCUGUACCCCGUUAACCAGGAGGGGCCGUGGCCCUGCUGUGUCUUGUGAGGCAGCAGUGAAGCUGUGGCCUGCUGGCACCACACUCUCCAUUGUCCUCACCACCCGCCCUUUCACUCCUGUGCCAGUCCGCCUGCCUACUGUCUGCAUAGCCAGCCGCAUGUCCACCCAGCCCCUCACCCGUUCACUCUCCCAUCCAUGUUACCAUCUAUGCACUCGUCCAUCCAUCCAGUCACCUGCCCACCCAGCCCUUAUCUACCUGUUCACUUACCCAUCCUCACCUGCCCACCCACCCAGAACCACACACCCAGAACCUUUCCUUUUGGUUUUGAGGCACAGCCUUUGCUCUGUAACUCAGGUUGGUCUUGAACUUGUGAUCACCGUGCCUUCACCUCUCAUAUGCUGGAUUUACAUGUAUGGGCCACCGUGCCUGUUGUCUGUUUUUCAUCUGUCAGUCCACUAAUCUUUGUUCACUUGUCUGUUCCUUCUCAUAUGUCCACUUAUCCCUGGUAGUCCCUCUGUCCAUCCACCCUUCUGCUCAGCAUCCAUCUCAUGUGCUGCAUUCUGGGUCCUUGUCUGGCCUGCCCUGCUAACCACCAAGACCCGAAGUUCUGCUGUGAGGCUCAGAGACCUAUAAGAAACCUUGUUAGGAAAGUUAGGGAAUGCUGUCUGUGGCGAGCAUAAAAGCUAACUGCACUGAUGUAAACCAGCAAUCCAGCGUCCUGGAGCCCUGCCAUUGCUGGGGUUGGGCAAUGGAGUGAAAGACCUGCUCUACCAGUACCCUGGGGUCCUGAGAGGUGUAGGUGGCUCUGUCCCAGCCAGCACAGUGUCUGUCAGGUGUUUUGAGUUUUGUUGAGGGAGGAUUGUGGGGUGGUUGUUUUGGUUUUUUGAGACAGGGUUUCUCUAUGUAACAGCCCUAGCU